AUCUGCUCCUACUCCGAAUCUUAGUAUAUGCACAACCACUUAAUAAUCCUGCGAGGCCCGGCGUUAAAUCUGAGACAUUCGGUUGCUCCUCUGUGCAUAAUGAGCUCUUCCUGGAUUGCUCGACGUCUGUCCUGCGCCUGUUAGAAACGCUGGGUAUUCGUGCGGGCCUUGUGGUCGUGUCGACUGCGGAAGUUGCGCUUCGCUCACCAAAUGGCUAGCGUACGCCGGAGGAAGUAUGGGAAGGAUGAAGACGCGCUCACGGAGUCUCUGCUGCCCGACUACGCCGAGCAGUCGAACCUAGAGGAGGAGGAGCGCCAGCGGCAUGCCAACCGCCAUGCCAUCAUCGUCCACCCGGGCGAAUUCAACCUCCAGGCGUUCAUCCAGUCGAUCCUUGACUGGUGGAACCGCCUCUUUGGCCAGAUCGUGUCCUACGCGUCCCAACUGUGGCCGUAUGCUCGGGAUCAGCCGCUGUCUUUACUGCAGGUUGGGGGCCGGGGGAUACCAUAUGCAGUGUUGUACUUGAGCCGGGGGAUACCAUAUGCAGUGUUGUACUUGAGCCGGGGGAUACCAUAUGCAGUGUUGUACUUGAGCCGGGGGAUACCAUAUGCAGUGUUGUACUUGAGCCGGGGGAUACCAUAUGCAGUGUUGUACUUGAGCCGGGGGAUACCAUAGACAGUGUUGUACUUGACGCUGAUCUCCUUGUCUAGAGGGAUAUAUACAAGGGGCGCAGGCUUGGGAGAUUUGGGUCGCAGCUACAAGGCCCGUCCAGGAUUUAACUUAAAUGGCGGGUUUGGGUUUAGGUUUUGCACGGGUCAACACCUAAUGCCCGCUGCACUAGUAGGCAUGUUGUAGGGUUCAUGCCGUACACCAUGUUGCCCC